AUGCCGAUCUUCUGCUGGAUCACUGCCACAGUCCUGGAGCAUGUGUUGAAAAGCAGAGAGAGAGGAGAGCUGCCCAAGACCCUGACUCAGAUGUACAUCCACUUCCUGGUGGUUCAGGCCAAAGUCAAGAACAUCAAAUACCCACCACAGUCAUCAUGGACAAAAUUUUUAGCCCUGACACUGAAGCCUUCUACCAGCUCAGCUGUGGACCAGGCCUUACAGAGUCCAAAUGGACACCUGGACCUGCUCCUCCGCUUCCUCCUGGGACUUUCACUUGCAACCAAUCAGAGCCUUCUACAAGGUCUGCUGACACAGACAGGAAAUAGCUCCCAAACCAAUCAGAAAACAGCUGAGUACAUCAAGAAGAAGCUGAGUGAGGAUGUGUCUGCAGAGAGGAGCAUCAACCUGCUCCACUGUCUGAAUGAACUGAAUGAUCGUUCUCUGGUGGAGCAGAUCCAACAGUACCUGAGUUCAGGACGUCUGUCUGAAGGUGGACUGUCUCCUGCUCAGUGGUCAGCUCUGGCCUUCAUCUUACUGUCAUCAGAAGAAGAUCUGGACCAGUUUGAUCUGAAGAAAUACUCUGCUUCAGAGGAGGCUCUCCUGAGGCUGCUGCCAGUGGUCAAGGCCUCCAACAAAGCUCUACUGAGCAGCUGUAACCUGUCAGAGAGAAGUUGUGAAGCUCUGUCCUCAGUCCUCAGCUCCCAGUCCUCUAGUCUGACAGUCCUGGACCUCAGUCAUAAUGACUUGAAGGACUCAGGGCUGAAGAUGUUGUCUGUUGGACUGAAGAGUCCUCACUGUAAACUGGAACAGCUCAGACUGUCAGGUUGUCUGGUCUCAGAGGAAGGCUGUGCUUCUCUGGCCUCAGCUCUGAGGUCCAACCCCUCCCAUCUGAUAGAACUAGACUUGAGCUACAACCAUCCAGGAGACACAGGAGUAAAGCUCCUGUCUGCUCUACAGGAGGACCCCCACUGCACACUGGACACUCUCAGACUGGAGCCUGCUGGAGCUGAGUGGUUAGUACCAGGACUCAGAAAAUGUAAGUGUUGAGUUAACUCCAUUUGAAACAGACACAUAAACACAAUGCAUGAUGGGAAAGGAAGCACACCAAGCCCCGUCAAAACUGAGGCUGUCAAUGGAGCAAGUAUCUAUUAAAAAAACAAAAAACAAAAAAACAACCAAAACAUUGACAGGACAGAAUUGAAUCUUUCCCAAAUAAUUUUAGAA